AUGAAUGUCGAUAUCGAUAUCGAUGAUGAUGAUGAUGAUGAUGAUGAUGAUGAUGAUGAUGAUGCCUGUCUCGCUGUCACAAAUCCAAAUAAGUGGAGACUCACACCACAUUCCGCGAAUCGAUCUGGAUCUAAAGGUUUAUCCGAGUACCGAGCCCCCUUCACACAAGUUACAACUAAUCAGUUACCACUUACCAUUUAUCACUUACCACUUACCACUUACCACACCCCCGCCUUCAACUUUUGUUCUCCUUCUAGGUAG